AUGGCGGACGGGGAGCAGGAAGCGGCGGGGGACCAAACGCUGGCGUGCGGCCCGCCGCCGGACUACCGGCGGCUGACUCGGCUGUACUGCAUGAACGGCGGAUUCCACCUGCAGAUCCUCCCCGACGGGACGGUGCGCGGCCAGAGGGAGGACGGGGACGCGCACACUGUUUUAAAGCUGAAAGCCGUGGCCCGGGGCGUCGUGGUCAUCCAGGGAGCAGAAGCCCAGCGAUAUCUGGCCAUGAGCGACGAAGGACGCCUGUACAGCUCGCCGCAGGUCACUGACGAAUGCUACUUCCUGGAGAAGCUGGAGGAGAACCACUACAACACCUACCAGUCCCACAAGUACCAGGACCACAGCUGGUACGUGGCUCUGAAGAAGAACGGGAGACCCAAGCUGGGCCCGAGGACCCACAUCGGACAGAAGGCCAUCUUCUUCCUGCCGAGACAGCUGGACGACUCCCGGGGCUGAAGACGCAUUCCAACACAUACACACACAGGAAAUCCGUAUAC